AUGUGCGUCGCAUUCUGGUCCCUUGAACAUCCUCAAUAUGCUCUUAUCCUCUGCAGCAACCGAGACGAAUAUCUGUCUCGGCCUACCACUCCAGCACAUUAUCAUUCAUUCGGCGACGUAAAUACCGAUCCUUCCGAUGAUUCUUCGAGCGUUCUGUCCGGCCGAGACCUCCUGGCGGGGGGAACGUGGGCAGGUAUCAGUCGUGCUGGGAGAGUUGCCCUUCUUACCAAUAUCACGGAGCCUGCUGGGAAAUACACCUCUUCCAGGGGCGGUCUAGCUUCGUCUUUCCUUAUGCCAGAAACGCCAGAAAGGGCUUUUCGGGCUGAAGUCGAGCGCAUCGUUGCGCAGAAUGCAAAGUAUGCCGGCUUCAAUCUCCUUCUCCUCUCUCCUGUGAUGCAGGGUCAAUCAAAUCGGGCGCUGCGGAUGGAUGCCGCGCUUGUGACAAAUUCUGGAGGCGGCGGAGUAAUUACCACACGCGAUCUCUCGAGCGAAGAGAGGCGCUGUGGAGGCAUGUCCAAUGGCAUCGAUCGUCAGGGCGCGAGCGAAUGGCCGAAAGUCAAACAUGGAACUCACGCACUUCAAGAGAUAAUUAAUACCAUACCAGGGAACUCUGAUGAGCCUGAACUAGUUGAGCGGCUGUUUGACAUGCUGACGUGA